AUGUCAAGCAAAACAGUCUUUAAGAUUUUUGCAAGUUUCGGCCCUGCUGGCUCUAUUGUUGCCUUGACUGAGAAGCUGUGCAGAAGAAUCUUUAAUGAGGCCUAUGACCUUGGUGAUGCAACAUUUUCCUCAAAGGAGGAGUCUGAGAUUAAGAAAAUACGCUAGGAAUUCGUGAAUGAGCUCUUCAACUUGAAGGGACCAUUCGAGACCAAAUCCCAAUCACUGAAUCCUCUUGUACAGCUGAAGGCUCAUUCAGAACUUUACAAAUUAAUUGAGAAGUAUAGGAGAAAGAUCACUCAACUUGAAAAACAAAAACUUCACAAAGAGAUGCAGUUCUUCUUGGGCGAAGAAAAUCAACUCAAGUAUCAGCAAGCAAAGGAUAGACUCGAGACUAUCGAAGAGGAUGUUGAUGAUAACUUAAAGAAAAUGGCUUUCCAUGUCAUGGAACCCGAUGUAGAGAAAUUCCACGAAGCUGCACAAAGUGGCUAGUAUGAGAUAGAAUCAUCCAUUGAGGAAAGAAUAUCAUAGCUGCAGGCAGAAGAAAUCAUGGAGUCAUACAAAAGAUAGCUUGUUGAGGCAGAGGCUAAGUUCGGCAAUAAUUAAAAGGUUUACGAAGAAUAAAUUGAAAAGAUUAAAGACAACCUGUUCGUUUAAUUCGGGGAAGAUGUGCUUGAUAUUUUCGAAGCAUUUAACCAUUAUGGCCUUGAUACUGAAAUCACUAGUGAUGACAGAAAGAAGUAUCCAUACUCCCCAAAUAAGAAGGAUAACUGA